AUGAAGUGUGGGCAAACUGACCCUAGUGCUGCUAAACAUCCUUCGGUGGGUUAUGGUUGGUCGGGUGGGGACCAACCAUGGCCAGUGCAAGUCAGUGUCUUUGGUACUUGUCUAGUGCUGUUGAGUAUCUCCCCAAAGCUUCCCAAAUACCUUCCUCGGACCUUAGCGCAGGUGCCUGCUCAUCAACAGAAAAAAAUAGAAAAAGAUAGAAAUAUAUGA